GAAGCCAACUACAUAACGGCAUCGCGGGAGCCGCGCAGUCGCUAAAAGUGAAAGUUUUUCCCGGGUUUAGGAGUUCGCCGCUGCACGACGGCGUGUCAAGUGAGACGAUCGGCAACGAGCUAACCGAAAAAAACAUAUCUUAUUAGUGAGAUACAAGAGUUUUAUUCAUCGUCGUUUGUGGUCAUCGUCGCUAACCUGAGAGCCACAUUGGACGGUGAGUGACACUCGUGUGUUCGUGAAGAACUGUGCUCCUUUCUUUUGUUCCUGCUGAAGAUGCGAGCCCAGCUGGUUGGAGCGGUGCUCGUGGCCAUAGCAUGGGCAAUUCAGGCACAGGACUUCUCGACUACCAUUCGCAUUCUGAAAAGCAAUGAUCGUGUAAAAAUUGGUGGUCGCUCGUACAAGGUAAAGCGCACAAAAAGCCAUACUUUUGUAUCAGAUCGAAACGGAUCCUGUGUAUUUGACGGUCAGCUGUUUCGGCAUGGCGGAAACGUUCACAGAGAAGACGCUUGCGAUAAAUGUAUGUGCUUUAGUGGGGAUGUCCUGUGCUGGAAGACUUCGUGUCCCCCAAUGAAGGUAGCGAAAAGUUGCCGCGAAGUGCGCCGCGCAGGCAUGUGCUGUCCACUUGUCGAAUGUGACCCGGAAGUUCCCCUGAAAAACAGCAAACAUCAGGGGUUCACUGCAAAGAAACAACGACCAUUUGUUGCGUUGCCAAGCAAAGCGAAUCGCUACCAGGACAUUCAGUGCGAACUAGAUGGUCGCAAGUUCCACUACGGACAGAUUGUUCCGCAGGCAUCAGGAGCAUGUAUGGAGUGCCGCUGCGGUCUCGAAGGGCAGCUGAAGUGCAAAACCCGCAAGUGCUAUCUCACAGGCGUUCUAGAUCUCGCAAAGGUGGCAAGGGUAUCGCAGAAUACGAAGGUGGCCUCAAAACCUGCUGUCACGAUCCGCCAACGGGAUCCCAACCUAUCAUCUUCCUAAUGAGAGCUGUAUUGUUUAUUGAACAUUUUGCCUUCUGAAGGAACUCUACGCCAAUUGUUGAACUCAAAUGCCCCGUUGCAUAUCGGACUUAUGGUGAACAAUUACAGGCUGCGAUUAAGAUGAAAAUUAAAUAUGAGCGGGAGUUUUUUAAACGUUUGUGGUUGAAUAACGUCGUUUUAAUGAUUAGCAGUUGUCGCACAUUUUUUUACCUCAGGGGAAAGACUAUCAUGUUUUAUAAGUGAUUUAUGCGGAUAUAUAUAUAUAUGUAUAUAUAUAUAUAUAUAUACAUAUAUAUAUAUAUGUAUAUGUAUAUGUAUAUCCCAGAGUGAAACAUCGGUUGUAUUUAUAUUUUAUUUAUUUAUUAUUUUUGAAUGAACUGGAAAGGAAACAAGAGAGGCCGAACGCAAAAUGGUGCGAACGAAUGAUUGUGAUGCGGAUAGACGCGAUG